CCUCUGAACUGACCUGAACUUUGUCUAUUUCCUGCUAGCUACCGGUAGCUAGCUAGCAAUUAUAUUAUCAAGAGUGCAUUCGAAGGCUUUCUACUUUGCCUGUAGGCUAGUUGUUCAAGUGAGAUGUCUAAGAAACUAACAUUCACCUACCUCUCCGAACCUGAUGUUCUCAAUGCAGGGCUCACUCUUACAGAAACUGUCGACCUGUGCAAAGAAGUUUUGAGACAACAUGGUCUUAAGAAGGUUGAGAAUCCUCCCAAAUCAGGAGUGCACACAAGGAAAGACUCCUUUAUCCACUCUAUGCCUGGUUAUCUGGAGGAGGCAGAUGUGUGUGGGAUAAAGUGGGUGUCUGGCUACCCAGCGAAUAUGAAGCAAAAGUUGCCAACCAUUGUUGGAAUGAUUAUUCUUAACAACCCUGACACUGGGUUUCCAAAGGCAGUUCUAGAUGGGACCUACAUCACUGGGAUCCGCACUGCAGCAGUAGGGGCUGUAUCUGUUCAGCAACUGGCUCGUAAGGACGCUGAAGUUCUUGUGAUUGUCGGGACGGGCGUUCAGGGAAAAUACAACUGCCUUUGCAUCCCCAAUUUUUUGCCAAGUAUAAAAAAAAUACGGUACUAUGAUGAUUGGGCUCCAAGUCUCAAAUCCUUCAAAGAGCAAAUUCAGCCUAGACUUCCAAAUGUGAUCUUUGAGGAAGCAAGCAGCCUGGAGGAUGCAGUGCGAAGUGCUGAUGUCCUUGUCUGCUCCACAGGUACACUCACGAAGACGGUGUUUUACUGUGACUGGGUCAAGCCAGGUGCUUUGGUUCUACCUGUCCAGGCUGGUGGAUGGGAGCCAGACGUUAUGCACAAGUUCGACAAAUGUGUGGUUGACGACUGGAACCAGAUUAAUACCAGGAUGCCUUGGUAUACAAGCAAUUUUGAUGCUCCGUACGCCGAGCUUGGUGAAAUUGUCUCUGGUAAAAAGCCAGGCCGUGAGAAUAAUGAAGAAAGGAUCAUUAAUUUCAAUCAUGGAUUAGCAAUAGAAGAUAUGAUGUGUGCCAAUUAUAUCGUUGAGAAGGCGAAGAAAAAAGGCUUGGGUGUGGAGAUGGACCUGAUCGAUCUUAGUGCACCAGUCCCUCUGCCUCCAGUUUAACUUAUAACUUUAGUUUUAACAAUGAAGGAUUUUGUAGCAAUUACAAACCGACAAUAAUUAGCCACAUUUGGUGUAAAAAAUCAAAUGUGUUAUUAGUAGAUAGAUCGCAUUAUAUAUACCGUAUAGCGGGUAUAUUAGGUUUGUGGUUUUCGCUGAUCAAGCAUAUCUACCGCAAACAUUUUAUACCCACGAA